AAAUUCACACAUUUCGCUUGUUUACACCGGUAAAGUCACUUCGUUUGUUGCAAAAUAAUAUUAAUGGUCACUUAAAAUGGCACACGGGGAAAAUAAUCCGGUUAACAAUUUCCGGAAUUACCUAAGCAUAUUAAAUGAUCCGUCGGCAAGCGAGGACAUCAAGCUGAAAGCCACUCAGGAGUUGAGCGAGCAUUUCGAAAUGAUAAUGCAAUCUCCGAGCUAUCCCUCAUUUUUGGAAAAUGCACUUAAGAUAUUUAUGCGUAUAUUACAAGAGGGGGAGCCUCAAUUUAUUCAAGAAAACACUAUUCAGCACAUUCGUAAACUUAUACUUGAGAUGAUACAUCGACUGCCCAUAACAGAGAAUCUGAGGCAGCAUGUUAAGUCAAUUAUAACAAUGAUGCUGAAAUUAUUAAAAACUGACAAUGAAGAGAAUGUGUUAAUCAGUCUUCGUAUAAUAAUUGAGCUGCACAAACAUUUCCGUCCAUCUUUCAAUCCUGAGAUUCAACUCUUUUUAGGAUUUGUUAAAGAAAUUUAUACAAAUCUUCCAAAUAAUCUAACAGCAAUAUUUGAAACAUCAAAUGACAUUUGGAUAAGCGACUUAAAAGACCUGGACUUGGAAAUGCUUUUGCCAGAGACAUAUUCAGUUAAAACGAUACAUGUAGAGAAGUCCAUGGAGCACAAUUCACAACAAAUGAUUUAUAAUCUUCUACCUCGCGGUAUAUUAUCCUUAAAAGUUCUGCAAGAGCUGCCAAUUAUCGUAGUAUUGAUGUAUCAAAUAUAUAAAAAUGCGGUCCAUCAGGAGGUCGCUGAAUUCAUUCCUUUAAUACUUACAACUAUAAAUUUGCAGCCAACUGCACUUCAAAGAAAUUCAACACAGAAAGAAGUUUUCGUUGACUUCAUGGGAGCUCAAGUAAAAACACUUUCAUUUUUGGCAUAUAUUGUGCGAAUAUAUCAAGAUAUUGUCGUUGCAAACUCAUUGUCUGUUUCAAAUGGUAUGUUGAAUUUGAUGGAAAAUUGUCCCAAGGAAGCAGCUCAUUUACGCAAAGAACUAUUAAUUGCUGCGCGUCAUAUAUUUGCAACAGAUUUAAGACAAAAAUUUAUACCAUCAAUUGAAAAGCUGUUUGAUGAAGAUUUACUAAUCGGCAAAGGCGUCACAUUGGAUUCCAUUCGCCCAUUAGCGUAUUCUACAUUGGCUGAUCUGGCACAUCAUGUCCGUCAAAGCUUAAGCUUAGAUGUCCUAAUCAAGGCAGUAAAUUUGUUUGCUCGAAAUAUACACGAUGAGACACUUGCUAUUGGCAUACAGACUAUGUCAUGUAAGCUUCUGUUGAAUCUAGUCGAUUGCUUGCGGCACCACAGUGAAGUGGAACCAGUGCGUUCCAGAAAUGUUCUAGGGACGCUGUUGAAAGUAUUCGUGAAGAAGUUUGAAACUAUCGCUCAAAUUCAGCUACCUCUAAUAAUUCAAAAGUGUAAGGGCCAACCUCCAGCAGGUGGAGCUGCGAACCCUAUUGGUUCAUUUAACUUACCCGUUCUUCCUUUAGCAGAGAUUAAAGACGAUCAGUUAGUCAGCGAUCAGUCGAAAACAACGACUGGCUCACAAUUGAUUUGCUCUGUGAAUGUAGCUGAAUUUCGAAGUUUGGUGAAAACACUCGUUGGUGGCGUUAAAACAAUUACUUGGGGAUUUUUCAAUUCAAAGACUCAUGUCUCCGAAUCCAACAUGCAAGUGCAGGAGAAGCUGUUCAGUCCUGAGAUAUUGUGUACCUACAUUGACUUGGUGCAUUUUGCAAUGGAAGCUUUAGAUAUAUAUACCAUUAAUGUAAAUCCUAAUCAACAACGAGCAUCUGGGCUGAUUUCACGGAGCAAAGAGGAAAAGGAAGUUCUAGAGCAUUUCAGUGGCAUUUUUCUCAUGAUGCACUCGCAGAACUUCCAAGAAAUAUUUGCAACCACAAUUGAUUUUUUGGUGGAGCGUAUCUAUAAAAAUCAAGCUCUACAGGUUAUAGCGAACUCAUUUUUAGCGAAUCCAACCACUUCGCCACUCUUUGCUACAGUGUUGGUUGAGUACCUUCUGGAUAAAAUGGAGGAAAUGGGCUCAAAUGUCGAACGAUCAAACUUAUAUCUCCGCUUGUUUAAGCUCGUCUUUGGCAGCGUUAGCCUGUUUCCUGUGGAAAAUGAACAAAUGCUGCGGCCACAUCUGCACAAAAUUGUUAUACGUUCAAUGGAGUUGGCGUUAAUUUCAGAUGAGCCCUACAACUAUUUCCUACUGCUACGGGCUUUGUUCAGAUCAAUUGGUGGUGGCAGUCAUGAUCUGCUCUAUCAAGAAUUCCUGCCGCUAUUACCCAAUUUACUAGAAGGCUUAAAUCGCUUACAAAGCGGAUUCCACAAACAACACAUGCGGGAUCUUUUCGUUGAACUCUGUUUGACUGUACCUGUGCGACUCUCAUCAUUGCUGCCAUAUCUCCCCAUGCUCAUGGAUCCAUUGGUUUCAGCCUUGAACGGUUCACCUACUCUCAUAAAUCAGGGGUUAAGGACUUUGGAGCUGUGCGUCGACAAUUUGCAACCAGACUUUUUGUAUGACCAUAUACAACCAGUAAGGGCAGCUUUGAUGCAAGCCCUAUGGAAAACGCUAAGAAAUCAAGACAAUGCUGCGCUUGUUGCUUUUCGUGUGCUUGGUAAAUUUGGUGGAGGCAACCGUAAAAUGAUGGUAGAGCCACAAACAUUGCAUUACGAUCAUGGCCAGAAGCCGAAGAUCUCAAUAAUUACAUACUUCCAAGAAUAUGAGAAACCAAUUGAGUUUCCCGUUGAGCAUGCCAUUGAGUCGGCCUUCAAAGCAUUGAGCUCAAAUACCACCGAUCAAUUUUAUAGACGUCAAAGUUGGGAAGUAAUUCGAUGUUUUCUAGCUGCCUUUAUUAGUCUAGACGAUGAAAAACAUACACUGCUAAAGUUAUUCACACACAAUGACUUUGUGGAAAGCAACAUUAUGAAUUGGCCAAUAUUCCACAACAAAAUAGAAACGUCGAGCGUGCGUGGAACUCAUCUAACAGCUCUUAUUGGCAUGUUGGUUGCCUCAGCCACGAAAGACUUGCGGGACUCAGUGUGUCCUGUUAUGGCAGCCGUUGUUAGGCACUAUACCAUGGUGGCGAUUGCUCAACAAGCAGGACCAUUCCCACAAAAGAAUUUCAUGUCGAACGGCAUAGAUCCCAUGGUGUUAAUCGAUGCGCUGGCCGCUUGCAUGGGACAUGAAGAAAAGGAAUUGUGCAAGCCCGGCAUAGCUUGCAUGGGAAUAAUACUGGACACUGCUGCAAAUAUAAUGGGAAAUAAAGACAGAGCUUGCAAGCUGCCCCUAAUGCAAUAUUUGGCAGAGAGAAUGACCGCCUUGUGCUACGAUCGCCCCUGGUAUGCCAAGGUUGGCGGCUGCCAGGCUAUUCAAUUCCUCUGCAAGCAUAUGUCUCUACGCGCUCUGUACCAGCAUUUGUUCAAUUUCCUAAAAGCGUUUAUGUUUGUACUGAUGGAUCUGGAGGGAGAUGUGUCAAAUGGCGCCCUUGACAUAACUAAAAACUAUAUGAAAACAAUGUUGGAGAUAUGCUUGUCACCCAUAAGUAUAAAUUCACGAAAUGACGAACUGGAGGAUUUGCAAGCGAAAGCCACAUACGACGUGAUCCAUGAGCUUGUGCGUCACAUAACAAGCCCCAACUCCAUUGUUAGAGAGGAAUCCAUGCUGCUAUUAAAGCACAUCGGUGCAAUACAGAAAAAGACUGUCUCCGAGGUCAUGGACCCGCACAAGGAAGUCCUAGCUGAUAUAAUACCACCAAAAAAACACUUCUUGAGGCAUCAACCUGCCAAUGCACAAAUCGGAUUGAUGGAUGGUAACACGUUCUGUACCACUUUGGAGCCACGCCUCUUCACCAUCGAUUUGACAAACACUUACCAUAAACUAUUCUUCCACGAAUUACUCACACUAAGUGAAGCGGAGGAUGCGACUUUAGCGAAAUUGGAUUGCUAUAAAAAUGUCACAAACCUCAUACCAUUACGAAUAAGCGCGUUGCGAGCUUUAGCAGCUUGUCAUUAUAUUAAUGAUAUUGGCUGUAAGGAAAAAAUAAUAAACAUCAUAUUUAAAGUAAUGGAAAAUGAUAAGCCCGAGCUGCAAGAAACCGCCUAUAAUUGCAUGAAAACAUUUAUAUCUGGUACUACACUCGACAGAGAGAAAGUACAAGCUGCAAUGCGACCUCUGCUAUUAAAACUUGGCGACCACAGGAACUUGUCUAUUCCAGCCAUAAAACGAUUAUCAUAUUUUACCCAACUCUUUCCGCAAAUGUUUAAUGAGAAACUUAGUGAGCAAAUAUUGCAGCAUUGUGCAAAGAUUAUUGAAAUAUUUGUGGGCCAAUAUAAGUGCACAAACGAAUCAGUGAACUUCUUUGCAACAUCGAAAGGCGGAGAAUACGAACAGAAAAUUGUGACACUCAUUGAAAUGUUUUACCACAUUACUGCAUCAUCGAAGUAUAUCGAAAAGUUAUGCCAAUUGGUUUUACAAACUGAAAAGAAUCUGAUGAUCGAGGCAUCAAGUCCAUAUCGCGAAGCUCUGAUCAUGUUUUUACAACGUUUUCCAUCUGAAACUGUUGAUCUUUUCAUGAUGGAUUCGAUUAUGAAAGACCCGCAGUGGAAUCGGUUCUUUAUAUUCUUAUUAAAACAUAAAAAUGGCCAAGCAUUUCGAACAAUCAUUAAGAACUCGAAAUAUGUUGUCCUUUUGGAUUAUUUAAGUUGGAAUACGGCUAUGAAUAAUACCCAGAAAUAUAAUGUGCAACAUCAGGCUGUGCUUAUCAUAUUUACUCUAAUGGAACAGGAUGAUCAAUGGAUUCCAACAAGACCCGAUAUUGUUGACGCUCUGAAGAACAUGUGGCGAAAUCAUUUGUACUCGACAUGUUUGGAAAAUGUCGCUUGCGAUUUGUGGCAUUUGGUUGGAAAAAUACUCUUGCUAUAUUUCUCGAAUAACACAAAUGAUAUCGAUUUGCUGUUUCAACUUUUGCGUGCUUUAUGCUUACACUUCAUACCGGAUGUCUAUUUUCUGCGAGACUUUUUGCAAAACACAGUCGCACAAAGCUUUACUGUCAACUGGAAAAGAAAUGCAUUCUUUCAUUUCGUUGAAAACUUCAAUAACAAUACCUUCACAGAAGUUCUAAAAGCAAAAAUAAUUACAGCAAUUUUAAUACCUUGCUUCACCGUGAGUUUUGACAAAGGUGAAGGAAAUAAGUUAAUUGGAGCUCCGCCCACGCCGUAUCAAGAGGAUGAGAAAAAUAUUGUUUCAGUGUUUAUCAAUAAAGUAUUUGACCCCGACAAGCAGUAUGACGAUGCAGUAAGAAUUGCCCUAUUGCAACUCGCGUGCCUGCUCGUCGAACGCGCCUCGCAGCACAUACACGACGGCGAUGCUAACAAUAAGAGACAAGGCAAUAAGCUUAGACGCCUAAUGACCUUUGCCUGGCCGUGCCUACUCAGCAAGAAUUGUGUGGAUCCUACGGCACGUUAUCAUGGUCACUUGCUGCUUGCCCAUAUUAUUGCAAGACUUGCCAUUCAUAAGAAAAUCGUACUGCAAGUUUUCCACUCGUUGCUAAAGGGACACGCGCUAGAAGCCAGACCCAUUGUGAAGCAGGCUCUGGACGUGCUAACUCCAGCAAUGCCGCUGCGCAUGGAAGACGGAAACACGAUGUUGACUCACUGGACUAAAAAGAUUAUUGUCGAGGAAGGCCACGCAAUACAACAGCUCUUCCACAUCCUGCAGCUAAUUAUUCGUCACUACAAAGUUUACUUCCCCGUAAGACAUCAAUUGGUGCAGCAUCUCAUAAAUUAUAUGCAGCGCUUAGGAUUUCCGCCAAACGCUUCUAUUGAGCAUAAGAAAUUGGCUGUGGACUUGGCAGAAGUUAUCAUAAAAUGGGAGCUGCAUCGCAUCAAACAAGAUGAAAGAGAUGUAAAAGCUGAAGAAUCUGAAGAGGAUUUAAGAGACAGCCACCACAGCAAGCGAGUGGGAAGUGAACCAACUGAAAAUAGGAAAAAAAUCACUGAGUCUUCGGGACAGGCUGUGCAACAAGGCGUGGGCACUCAUACAAAGUCUGAAGACGUUCUUCGAUCGAUUGAUAAAUCGUUCUGCGAUACAGUUCUUAAUUUCCUUAUUCGUUUAGCAUGUCAAGUCAAUGAUGUACAGCCCGGAAUUAUUUCCUCGGGGGAUAACUUGUCAAGAAGGUGCAUCAUGCUUUUAAAAUUGGCCAUGCGUCCCGAAAUCUGGCCUCAGCCAUUCGACAUUAAAAUCAAUUGGCUAGAUAAAGUUCUGGCCACAAUUGAGACGCCUCAUCACAACUUGAAUAAUAUAUGCACUGCAAUUGACUUCCUAACGUUCCUAACUACAAUAUUAAGCUCGGACCAAUUGGUGACAAUAAUACGACCGGUUCAACGUGGUCUUUCAUUGUGUAUUAUACACCAGAAUACAAGAAUUGUGCGCUUAAUGCACAUAUUUUUAACACGACUGAUGGCAACAUUUCCGCCGGAUGCACAGCACAAGCAUAACGAUUUUGAUGUAUUGUACAGUGCCAUUAGCAAAAUGAUAACAGACAACCUAACGUUCUAUGAGAAGACUCCUCAGCCGAAUGCCUCAUCUUUAUUCGGAACCCUGAUGAUUUUAAAGGCUUGCACCACCAACAAUCCAAGUUAUAUUGACCGGAUAUUAGUUCAGUUCAUUCGAGUUUUAAAUCGUCUUACAAAGGAUCACAUUAAUAUUAAUACAACGAAUACGACCAGCACCCAACCGACUGAUUCCAAUUCGCUGGCUCUCGAGCUGUUGGUCUUAUCUUUGGAAUUGAUUAAGAACAGAGUUGUUAUAAUGAGCGUGGAAAUACGAAAACUAUUUAUAGGCACUAUUUUAGUGAGUCUAAUCGAAAAAAGCUCGGAAGUUAAGAUUGUAAAAUGCAUCAUCAAAAUGCUCGACGAUUGGGUGAAGUGUAAAGAAACAAAUAUCUCAGCUCACGUUCCAUCCAUACGAGAGAAGUCGGCACUGCUAGUAAAACUAAUGCAAUACGUCGAAAAGAAAUUUGCCGAUGAGGUUGAGCUGAAUGUUCAGUUUUUGGAAAUCAUCAAUUACAUAUACCGUGACGAAGUACUGAAACAAACGGAACUAACAAGCAAAUUGGAGGGCGCCUUUCUGAAUGGUCUACGGUUUCAGAAUCCUCAUGUGCGGGCGAAGUUUUUCGAAAUUCUUGAUUCGUCAAUGCGCCGCAGACUUCACGACAGGCUCUUGUAUAUAAUCUGCUCACAGGCAUGGGACACUAUCGGAUCACAUUAUUGGAUAAAGCAAUGCAUCGAACUGCUUAUUUUGACAGCUAAUACCAUGACACAGAUCCAGUGCUCGAAUGAGGCCUUUAAAAUCCCAUGUAUAUCUUCUGUGAUUCCAACAAACUCUAACGAUUCUCAAGAGCAUACAUUUGUUUCGUUUCUGUCCUCACAACCAGAAUCAUUUGAGAAUGUUCAAAGUGUUAAUGACAAAGACGACGUUUUCGAUAUUGAUCUAAAACUUGAAUUCACGUCAGUUCGCAAAGAAGACUGUCAGCAAAUACUUUCCACGCGCAGAGACACGUUGGUUGAGUUGAUCUACAAGCAAGCGGAGUUCCUAGAGGCGAAUCGAAAUAUACGCACAGAGCAAAUGCUUGUAGCAACAUCACAAUUGUGUCACAUGGACACACAGCUAGCCGAGAGCGUGUGGCUCUCAAUUUUCCCUAGCAUUUGGGGUAUAUUCACUGAUGACCAGAGAAUUAAUAUAUCGAAGGAAUUAAUACCGUUCCUGUCAUCUGGCACGAAUGUAAAUCAGAAGGAUUGCAGUCCCAGCACGCUGAAUACGUUUGUGGAGAGCCUCACUCAUUGCACACCCUCGAUUUAUAUUCCUCCAAAUCUCUUAACAUAUUUGGGUAAAUCGCAUAAUCUAUGGCACAGAGCCAUCUUAGUGCUAGAAGAUUUGGCCAUGGAAUACUCCACGCGCAAUGAUUUGAGCAAUCCGGACGUAACUCAGCCAGAAUCGGAUAUACAAAAUUUGAAUAACAUCUACGAUUCUCUUUCCAAAAUGUACUCCGCGAUGCACGAGGAAGAUCUUUGGGCUGGCCUUUGGCUGAAGUACGGGCAUUAUCCCGAAACAAAUAUUGCCAUAUCAUAUGAGCAAAUGGGCUUCUUUGAAGAAGCCCAGGGUGCCUACGACCUAGCCAUGACAAAGUUUAAACAGGACUUGAACAGUGGCCAGAUAAACAUUGAUGUUAACAGCGAAUUAUUGCUAUGGGAGGAACAUUGGAUGCGCUGUGCGAAGGAACUAAAUCAGUGGGACAUUUUAUUGGACUAUGCUCAGACGAAUAGAGAGAAGAAUAUGUUCCUGAUUCUGGAAAGCUCCUGGCGCGUACCCGACUGGAAUCUAAUGAAGAAUGCACUGUCCAAAACGGAGCAGUGUUAUUCCAAGCAAUAUGGAUUUAAAUUGAACUUGUACAAAGGAUAUUUGUCAAUCCUGUAUCAAGAGGAUAGGCAGGCGGCUAGUGUUGAGCGCUAUGUAGAGAUUGCCUCGAGCUUGUGUAUCAGAGAAUGGCGGCGCUUGCCGAAAAUCGUAUCUCACAUUCAUCUGCCAUAUCUGCAGGCCUCACAGCAAAUUAUGGAAUUGCACGAAGCAAGUCAAAUCCAUCAGGGCUUAACGCAGUCCAGAAAUUCCUCGCUGCACGAUAUGAAAGCCAUUGUGAAAACAUGGCGCAAUAGGUUACCCAUUAUAUCGGAUGAUCUAUCACAUUGGAGCGACAUUUUCACGUGGAGACAACAUCACUAUCAAAUAAUAACGCAGCACCUGGAGCAACAGUCGGAUCAAGGCAGCACAAUGCUGGGAGUGCAUGCCUCAGCACAAGCUAUUAUUUCCUUCGGCAAAAUAGCGAGGAAACAUAAUCUGACUGGAGUGUGCCAGGAGACAUUAUCUAGAAUAUACACUAUACCCGCCGUGCCAAUAGUGGAUUGCUUCCAGAAAAUACGCCAGCAAGUAAAAUGUUAUUUGCAAAUGCCCUCAACAUCAGGACGCAAUGAAAUAAAUGAAGCGCUUGAAGUGAUUGAAUUAACAAAUCUAAAGUAUUUCACGGGCGAGAUGAAUGCAGAAUUCUAUGCACUGAAAGGCUUGCUCUUAACGCAAAUUGGACGCACUGAGGAAGCUGGCAAAGCGUUUAGUGCAGCAGUUCAGCUUCACGAUGGUCUAACUAAGGCGUGGGCUAUGUGGGGCGACUAUAUGGAGCAGAUUUACCUGAAGGAUAAACAAAUCUCCCAUGGUGUUAACGCGUUAAUCUGUUUUCUGCACGCUUGUCGCAAUCAGAAUGAAAGCAAAACCAGAAAGUAUAUUGCAAAGGUCUUAUGGUUCUUGUCAUACGAUAGCUCGAGCGACACUCUAAUAAGCACCUUUGAGAAAUACGUGUCUGGAAUUCCGCCAUCGUAUUGGCUACCGUGGAUACCUCAACUGCUAUGCUGUUUGGAGCAAUUCGAGGGCGAUGUAAUAUUGAAUCUUUUAAGCCAGAUUGGAAGACUAUAUCCUCAGGCAGUCUAUUUUCCGAUUCGAACACUGUACCUUACCCUAAAGAUUGAGCAGAGGGAAAAGCAUAAAUCAGCUGAACAGGCGGUGUUCGCCGGCAAAUUAACAUCUUCAACUAUGGAGAAUAUGGGAUCAGUUGGCGGAAGAAAUCAAACGGGAGUUCCAUCAGUUAAUCCUAUCAAGGCUACACCACCUAUGUGGAGAUGUUCAAAAGUAAUGCAACUGCAGCGGGAAGUUCAUCCCACAAUUUUGAGUUCACUGGAAGGAAUUGUCGAUCAAAUGGUUUGGUUUAGAGAGAGCUGGACAGAGGAAGUUUUGCGUCAGUUGCGGCAGGGCUUAAUUAAAUGUUAUGCCAUAGCAUUUGAGAAUCGCAGCACAGUGGUGAAUGCUACCAUAACCCCGCACACGCUACACUUUGUCAAAAAGCUUGGAUCAACGUUCGGUAUUGGAAUAGAAAAUGUUCCAGGAUCUGUCGCCUCCUCCAUAUCGCACUCGGCUGCAUCGGAGUCGUUGGCACGACGGGCACAAGUAACGUUUCAAGAUCCUGUCUUCCAAAAAAUGAAAGAACAAUUUACAAACGAUUUCGACUUUUCGAAGCCCGGAGCAAUGAAGUUACAUAAUUUGAUAUCCAAACUGAAAACAUGGAUAAAAGUAUUAGAAACAAAAGUGAAAAAGCUACCGACAUCCUUUUUAAUAGAGGACAAAUGCCGAUUCUUAUCGAACUUCAGUCAGAAAACGGCCGAAGUAGAGCUGCCCGGAGAGCUGUUAAUUCCGUCAUCGUCACAUUAUUACGUGCGCAUUGCUCGGUUCAUGCCACGCGUGGAAAUAGUGCAGAAAAAUAACACUGCAGCUCGCAGGUUAUAUAUAAGAGGUACGAAUGGUAAAAUAUAUCCGUACCUCGUAGUACUCGACUCUGGACUAGGCGAUGCUCGCCGUGAGGAACGCGUAUUGCAGCUGAAGCGAAUGCUAAAUUAUUAUUUGGAAAAGCAAAAGGAGACCAGUCGACGAUUCUUAAAUAUAACUGUGCCGCGAGUUGUGCCAAUUUCACCACAAAUGCGACUUGCUGAAGAUAAUCCAAAUAGUGUCUCACUGCUCAAGAUAUUUAAGAAGUGUUGUAAUAACGCAAAAAUUGACUACGACAUGCCAAUAGUUAGGUAUUACGAGCGCCUCUCUGAAGUGCAAGCCCAAGGAACACCCAUUUCGCAUACAAUUUUAAGAGAAAUUUUCACCGAAGUUCAGUGCACCAUGGUACCAAAGACUCUGCUAAGGCAAUGGGCAUUAAAUACCUUUGCUGCAGCCACGGAUUAUUGGCAGUUUAGAAAAAUGUUAACACUUCAGUUGGCGCUAUCAUAUCUGUGUGAGCACGCUCUAAACUUGACACGUCUCAAUCCAGAUAUGAUGUACCUUCAUCAGGACUCUGGACUUAUGAAUAUAUCAUACUUUAAGUUCGAUAUCAAUGAUGAUAAGGAGCAGUUUAAUCAGCAUCGACCAGUGCCAUUCAGACUGACACCAAACAUUGGCGAGUUCAUAACAAGUAUUGGCAUUUCUGGACUAUUGUCCGCGGCAAUUGUAGCCACAGCUCGUUGCUUUAUUCAGCCGAACUACAAACUGAGUUCCAUUCUACAAACUAUACUCAGAGAUGAGAUAAUCACUUUGCAGAAGAAAGGAUUUAGGCAGAGUAAAUUAUUAGAUGCAUCGCAGGAGCCUUCGGUUGAUAAUAAUACAAUGGAGCACACUAUUCGGGUUGUUAAUUCAGCUGUGGAUGUUAUUUUAUUGCGAUUGAAUAAGAUAUCCUAUUUCGACAAUAUUGAAAAGAAGAAAAUUUCGGCACUCAUACAAUCCGCCACGAAUACGGACAACUUAUGUCGCAUGGAUCCUGCUUGGCAUCCUUGGCUGUAAAUGAAAUAUUCACAUAUUAAAUAUAUAACUAUUAUUAUUAUUAAUAUUUUAAUAUAUAGAUAUCCACUUCU